CCGUCUGCGCGAGAGGGCUGCCGCUGCUGAGGCGGCGGCCGCUGCUCUGAGGCGGUGGCGGCGCUGCCGACCGCGGGCCGCUCGGCCUCUGGGCUCGGCCCGCAGCCUUCCCCGAGCCCGCUGGGGCCCACGCCGACCAGCGCCUGUCCUAUGAGUGUGUCCCUGGUGGUCAUCCGACUGGAGCUCGCGGGUCACUCGCCGGUCCCCGCUGACUUCGGCUUCAGUGCCGCCGCUGGGGAGAUGUCCGAUGAGGAGAUCAAAAAGAAGACACUGGCGUCAGCUGUCGCCUGUCUAGAAGGGAAGUCACCAGGAGAGAAAGCAGCAGUCAUCCACCAACACCUUGGCCGUCGGGAAAUGACGGAUGUGAUUAUUGAAACCAUGAAGGCUGGCACAGAUGAGUUGAGAGACACAGUGGAAGAAAAGAAAUCUUCAGCAGCCCCCCUCUCUGCCCAAAGAAGUAGAGAACAGAAUGAGUCUGUGAACACGGCCCCAGACUCUCCAUCCAAACAGCUCCCAGACCAGAUUUCCUUCUUCAGUGGCAAUCCCUCUGUUGAAAUCGUCCACGGCAUCAUGCACCUGUAUAAGACAAAUAAGAUGACCUCCUUAAAAGAAGACGUGCGACGCAGCGCCAUGCUGUGUGUCCUCACCGUCCCUGCCACCAUGACCAGUCAUGACCUCAUGAAGUUUGUUGCCCCAUUCAAUGAUGUAAUUGAACAAAUGAAAAUCAUCAGAGACUCUACUCCAAAUCAGUAUAUGGUGCUGAUCAAGUUCAGUGCACAGGCUGAUGCGGAUAGUUUCUACAUGGCAUGCAAUGGCCGCCAGUUCAACUCAAUUGAAGAUGACGUUUGCCAGCUGGUGUAUGUGGAAAGGGCUGAAGUGCUGAAAUCUGAAGAUGGCGCCAGCCUCCCUGUGAUGGACCUGACAGAGCUCCCCAAGUGCACUGUGUGUCUGGAGCGAAUGGACGAGUCUGUGAACGGCAUCCUCACCACACUAUGCAACCACAGCUUCCACAGCCAGUGUCUACAGCGGUGGGAUGAUACCACGUGUCCUGUUUGCCGGUACUGUCAGACACCAGAGCCAGUGGAAGAAAACAAGUGUUUUGAAUGUGGUGUCCAGGAAAACCUCUGGAUUUGUUUAAUAUGUGGCCACAUAGGAUGUGGACGGUAUGUAAGUCGACAUGCUUACAAGCACUUUGAGGAGACCCAGCACACAUAUGCCAUGCAGCUCACCAACCAUCGGGUCUGGGACUAUGCUGGAGAUAAUUAUGUCCAUCGACUGGUUGCAAGCAAGACGGAUGGAAAGAUCGUUCAGUACGAGUGUGAGGGCGACACCUGCCAGGAUGAGAAGAUAGAUGCCUUACAGUUAGAGUAUUCAUACUUGCUAACAAGCCAGCUGGAAUCACAGCGGAUAUACUGGGAAAACAAGAUUGUUCGCAUAGAGAAGGACACAGCAGAGGAGAUUAACAACAUGAAGACCAAGUUUAAAGAGACCAUCGAGAAGUGCGACAGCCUGGAGCUCAGGCUAAGUGACCUCCUGAAGGAAAAGCAGUCCGUGGAAAGAAAGUGUACUCAGCUGAACACCAGAGUGGCCAAGCUCAGCACGGAGCUUCAGGAGGAGCAGGAGCUGAAUAAGUGUCUGCGAGCCAACCAGCUGCUGCUGCAGAACAAGCUGAAGGAGGAGGAGAGGCUACUGAAGGAGACCUGUGACCAGAAGGACCUGCAGAUCACCGAGAUCCAGGAACAGCUGCGUGAUGUCAUGUUCUACCUGGAGACUCAGCAGCAGAUCAGCCACCUGCCUGCGGAGACGAGGCAGGAGAUCCAGGAGGGCCAGAUCAACAUUGCCAUGGCCUCGGCCCCCAACCCUCCCUCCUCGGGAACUGGUGGAAAGCUGCAGUCCAGGAAGGGCCGCAGCAAGAGGGGCAAGUGACCUUCCAAGACUUGUCUCUGAGACUUCCUGGGCACCGCAGGGUGUGCUGGGACCUUUGCUGAGUGGGAGGGUGGGCCCUAAUAAGUACGCCUGAGGAUGAACUGUGGUCGUGUGGCUCCUUCAUUUGUUGCGUGUAUAAGGAGACUGACAGGGGUGGCAUUGGCAGCAUUUCCCAAGGGUGAGUCUCAGACCUCAGACACCUCAUGGCCAUUCUGCCUUCCAGCUGGGUAGACCCCAGUCUUGUGCGUUUUCCGUUGUUUAUUCAUUUGGAGCACUUGCAGUUGAAUUUGGGGGAAGGUCUAUGACUUGGUGUGACCUUCAAGGCAGCAUCACCUGUACUGAAGCAUAGUGCCUCCCAGAGGCCCCAGCAGCUGUCAGGACAGGAGCCUGCUGCCUGCUACAGAGCAUUCCUCCCUCCUGCCAUCCCUCUCUUUCUCUGCAGAGCUGAAGAGUUGCUGGCAGGUUAUAGGGAAGAGGCUAGGUUGUAGACCAGGCACAAGUGUGUCCUCAGCAGCUAUUUUGUCUGGCUUGAGGGCAGGGAAAACUAGUAAAUGGGGUAAAUGGAGUAGACCCAGCCUAGGGAAGAUGGUGACAGCUCUGUUUUUGAUGACUCCAUAUGAAAUGUGCCUGUUAAAUAAGAAAAGCCUUACUGGCUCCUCCUCAGGUCAGGUAGCUGAGAGGGUCCUCCAUCUAGCAGGAGUCGGGGGCAAGCCUGGUGAGAGGCUUCUGACAAGCUGAUGUGUGUUGUUGGGGUCAGUGUAUCCUGACAGGCCAGGCAGCAUGUGCAGGUUGCAGCUGGAGGGGGCUUGGGCAGAUUGCAGUUAGGCUUGCAUAGUAGAUCUCACUGCUUCUCACUCCAGCAGAGCCCCUUUCCAACAGCCAUACAAUACUUACUGUAACCAACAGAGGGCUGUGUGCCUCUCUAGAGCCCGGAACAUCAGGUAACUUGUAAUGUAAUAAUUGAACAGAACUGGGGGGACACCAUGUUGGGAUUUAGCUUCUAGAAGAGUGAGCAGUUAGAGCAGCCAUGUGUAGUACAGUUUAAUUUUAUGCUUUAUCAUCAGCCAAAGGUUUGAAAUGUCACACUUUAGCAACUUUUUUUUUCCUGACUGGACCUCGUCCUUUGACCGAAUAUCUGACAUGUUGUCACCACAUUGCCUGUGUUGCUGAUCACCAUCCAGUUCUGUGGAAUGUGCCAUGGCAUUCUUCAAAAGGCCACCUGUAACUGCAGAAUGCGUGUGCUCAGACCAUCGUGGCUCUUCCUUAGGGCAGACUAGCACGCCAGGUCCUCGGGCGCCUGGAGCUGGGGCAGGAGCAGAGCUACCCCUCACAGAGCUUCUAUUUUAUCUAGAACAAGUUUUACACUGUUGCAGUCUUGCCGGCUCAAGCUCUUCUUGCACAUCUGACCUUGCAGAAGCUGGGAUGGGUGGCAGCAUGCUAAUUAAGAGCACUGGGCGCCGUUUCCAAAGCUGGCUCCUCAUUUCACUGCAGUCCACCAAGCAGCCCUGCUGCCCCGUGAGAGCAGUGCUCCACAGUAAAGGUGGGGAUGCCUGGGAAGGCUGUGGCCAGGGGGCAGCAGACAGACAGGGGCUUCCAAACUACUUGAAGGUCUCAAAAACCAAGAUGUGUAAAUAAAAUGUUAUUUUAAAAGGUCAAA